ACCUCUUGCGGUCACACUGUUACGAGCAAUUGAUACAAUUGGACAAAGAUUUACACAAAUCUUUUUAAGCAGGAAACAUGAAUUAAUUAACAGAUUAAUUAGCACAAAUUGUAACAAAGUUCAGCCACCGUUCAACAUAGAAUCCAUUGCCGCAUUAAAAAAUGGCUGUUUUAGGAGCCCAAUUGGUUAUCACGCUGGUGAUGGUCAGCGUCAUUCAGAAGCUAAGUCCACAUUAUUCUUUCGCCAAAUGGAUAUUAUGCCGCACUGGGCUCGUUCGCUAUCUGCAUCCCACGGAUGACGAGCUGCGCACUAAAGGUGGCGUGCCCAAGGAUCGACCCGCCAAGGGGAAACAUAAGCAGAAUGGCAUUAGUAAUGGCGCAGGAUCCCAGCAAUUUCAUGUGCCCCGGAGCAUAGAAGUGGAGCUGGAGACGUCGCCAGUGCUGGAACGCGAUGUGAUUCAUUUGCGUUACUUUACCGAAUACCAAUGGCUAGUGGAUUUCAGCGUCUAUGCCGGCAUCGUUUAUGUGUGCUCGGAAGUCUUUCACUAUUUCUAUCCGUUGAAGCAGGAAAUCAAUCUGAGCAUGGUGUGGUGUCUGCUAGUCAUAUUCUUUGCAUUGAAAUUACUGUCUUCCCUUACUGUGUUGUACUUCCAAAGUGAAGAAUCAAUCGGCGAGCGUUCCAUGGUGAUAGUUGCUUGUCUGGUUUAUUUAUUGAUUGCCAUGAUUGUACUCAUCAUCGAUGAACGUAUACUAGAAACGGGCUUAGAAGAUGCCUACACCAGCUUCAAUGCAAGCGCCUCCAAGUUCCUAACCGAACAGGGUCUGCCCUCAUCCGGACCCGCCUCGAAAAUUGUUGUCAAGUUCUUUUUGGCUUUGAGUUGCGGUCUCUUGGGCUCGCUGUUCACGUUUCCUGGUCUGCGAAUGGCCAAAAUGCAUUGGGAUUCCCUUAAAUACUGUCGCGGCAAUCGCAUAUUGCAGGUGCUAUUGAAUCUCAGCUUUAUACUGCCCUUCAUCUUAGUCAUAUUGUGGAUUCGACCAAUUAGUCGUGACUAUUUGACGGUGCGCGUUUUCGAGGGCAUGCAACAGCCACUAUUAAAGCCCCAUGUUUUCGAAACCUUGCGUCUGUUGCUGGUUGUGUUUGUGGUGAUUGUGCGAUUCGCAUUGAUGCCCAUCUAUCUGCAGUCGUACCUGAAUUUGGCCUAUGACAAGAUACUCGAUUUGCGCAAGGAAGCUGGUCGAAUCACCAAUGUCGAGUUUCAAAAGAAGAUAUCCUCAAUCUUCUACUAUCUUUGUGUGGUAACCUUGCAGUUUGCUGCCCCGCUCAUCUUGUGCCUCUAUUUGACGCUGAUGUAUAAGAGUCUCGGUGGAUUCAGUUGGGCCGGCAUAUUUAAAGAGAGUGUUGUCUUGCAGCACGAAUGCGCUGCCGAUUCGGAUGUGGCGGCUACGUUGCCAAGUGCCGCCGAAGCUCUGGAAGCCAAUGUCGAACAGGAAUUCAAUAUUUUAGAGUCGGCACAGUCGUUGCAGGCUUCAUUUACUAGUCUAAAAAAUGUGUUCUCUACGGAAGUGUAUAAGGGAUUUCUGGGUUUUGCCACCUGGUGGAGUUACUUUACCCUCUUUGCCACUUCAUCGCUGGGCAUCGUCUAUCAGUCGUAUUUCAAUAAGACCUAAUUGAAGCCAUUAAAAGUCAAAUUCACACCAAAGGCACCACCCAUAUACAUAUAGUACUAAAUUAAUCUAGAAUUCAUGUUUCUCCUGAACUCGUUGAUAUUGUUUUUGAUAGUCAAACCUUAGCUCUGUUGAUCUAAUUGGUUUUUUCUACGUACGCUGUACUAUUUGUAAAUAAUAAUAAUUUAUAUAUGAACAUUUGUUUACUAAGUUUUUAGUAAACAUAUUUUUAAUCACUCACAAGUAAAUACUUCAAAUUUACUCAUUGCGUGUUUUUUGUUGUUUUCAACAUCGUUGAGGUUUUAAGUCACGCUGACCUUUAAUAGUGUCUUAUAACAGACGCUGUUAACUACCAGCUGCUUUUAUCUUUAACAGUGUUUUGGUUUGAACUGCCGCUGUUAAAUAUAACAUAAUCAACUACCCUUUAACAGUGUUGUGGUUUUACCUCUCUGUAAUUUAUUAUCAGCUACCCUUAUCAUCAACAUUGUUGUGGUUUUAGUUGCCAGUGUAAAGUUAGACAUUAUUUCCAAUUUGAAAACACCAUUUAUUAAACCUUAAAGGUUGUCUUUAAAAGUUGAAACAAAUAACAAAUCAAGGGGAAUCGUUUGAUAAUGACCUGCUAUUAGUAAGCUAAAUUCCAUUCAUAUAUUAGUAUAUGCAUAAAGUUAAAUGUAUAUAUAUGUAAUAUAACCAUUAAGUGUCCCAUUUAGAUUUUAGCAAUACCAAUCACACCGCAACCAAUGCGUGCGCCAGCAUUGCCAGUUGUCUUGCUCAACUCGUGGCCACCCUUGCCAAGAUCAUCGGCAUC